UGGGACCUGAGCUGCUGCUGGCCAUGCCCUGGACUCUCCAGCCGAAGUGGCUGGCAAGCAAGGGGCUGCCCCUCCUUGGAGCUAUACUGCUACGGGAGACAGAAAAGAGGGAAACGCAGUGGAAGCAUUGGCGGCAGGAAACCCACCCAUACUACGACCUUCAAGUGAAGGUGCUGAGGGCUAGAAACAUCCAGCACACGGAUAAAUUGUCCAAAGCUGACUGCUAUGUUCAACUAUGGCUGCCCACGGCUUCUUUUAGCCCCACUCAGACAAGGACAGUGGUUAACUGCAGUGACCCAGAGUGGAAUGAGACCUUUCACUAUCGGAUCCACGGUGCUGUGAAGAAUGUCCUGGAGCUAGCUCUUUAUGACAAGGAUGUCCUGGACAGUGACAAGAUCUUCUCAGUUCUGUUUGACCUGAGUACUCUCCAGCUAGGCCAGCCUUACACAAAAACCUUCACUCAGAAGCAGCCUGGACUAACAGAUCCAAAAGAGCUGCAAGUAGAAUUUACUCUGGAAAAGAGUCAGACGCCUGCAUGUGAAGUCAUCACCAAUGGUGUCCUGGUGGCUCAUCCCUGUCUGAGAAUUCAGGGCACAGUCACUGGAGACAAGACGGCCUCACUUGGAGAGUUUGGCUCGAGGGAGAUCCAGCUGGCAGUGCCUGGGGCCUAUGAAAAGCCACAGUCAGUGCCUCUGCAGCCGACCGUCGAGCCAGGUCUCCCAGCGACCUUUAUCUUCCACAUGAACCCGGUGCUGAGCCCCAGGCUGAACAUAGCACUGCAGGAAAAGCUCCUGGUCUCACAUAGUGGCCCAAGUGAUGAGCUGGAGUCCCAGACUAGCAAGAUGGAGGAAGCAAGCAUCUUGCUCUCCUCUCUGCCCCUCAACCAGGAGUCAACAAGACUUGUGAACCUGGAGGAGGGCCAGCAGGUGACUCUGAGGAUGAAGGCAGACAUGAGGUCUGAGGACUUAGACCUGCGCCUUGGUUUUGAGCUGUGUAGUGGGGAGCUGGAAUUUCUGGACAAGAGGAAGCAGGUGGUGUCCAAGGCCCUGCAGCAGGUGAUGCGACUGAGUGAGGCUCCACACUGUGACCAGGUACCUGUGAUAGCCGUGCUAGGCUCUGGGGGUGGAACCAGAGCCAUGACUUCCCUGUACGGCAGCCUGGCCGGGCUGCAGGAGCUUGGUCUUCUGGAUGCUGUGACCUACCUGAGUGGGGUUUCUGGGUCUUCCUGGUGCAUCUCUACACUCUACAAGGAUCCAUCCUGGUCGCAGAAGACUUUGCAGGGCCCCAUUCGACAUGCCUCCGCUCGAGUCUGCAGCAGAAAAGUAGGGAUGCUGUCCCCAGAGCGGUUCGAAUACUACGCCCGGGAAAAGAAGACCUGGGAGAGCAGAGGCCACAGCAUGUCCUUCACUGACUUGUGGGGCCUCAUCAUUGAGUAUUUCCUCAACCAGGAGGAAAACCCUGCCAAGCUGUCAGACCAACAAGAAAUGGUCAGCCAGGGUCAGAACCCUUACCCCAUCUAUGCCAGCAUCAAUGUCCACAACAACAUCAGUGGGGAAGACUUUGCAGAGUGGUGCGAGUUCACCCCCUAUGAGGUCGGUUUCCCCAAGUACGGGGCUUAUGUCCCCACGGAACUCUUUGGCUCUGAGUUCUUCAUGGGUCGGCUACUGCAGCACUGGCCAGAGCCCCGCAUCUGUUACCUGCAGGGUAUGUGGGGAAGUGCUUUUGCAGCCAGCCUGUAUGAGAUCUUCCUGAAGAUGAGAGGCCCAAGACUGGGCUUCCUGGACUGGUACAGAGGCACUGUCAGUGUCACAGAUGACUGGCCAAAGUUACGGAAGCAGGACCCCACUCGGCUGCCCACCAGGCUCUUUACCUCAAAGAGUUUCUUCUCUAAGGCUGUGCUGGACAUAUUCACCUCCCGCUUUACUUGUGCCCAGACCUUUAACUUUACCCGAGGUCUCUGCCUGUACAAGGACUACACAGCUAGAAAGGACUUUGUGGUCUCUGAAGAUGCAUGGCAUUCAGAUAAUUACAAACACCUCGAUGCCUGUCCCAACCAGCUCACACCCAUGAAGGACUUCCUGUCCUUAGUGGAUGGAGGCUUUGCCAUCAACUCACCAUUCCCACUGAUCCUGCAGCCACAGCGGGCUGUGGACCUCAUUGUGUCCUUUGACUAUUCCCUGGAAGCCCCUUUUGAGGUCCUGCAGGUGACAGAGAAGUACUGCCGGGACCGAGGGAUCCCCUUCCCAAGGAUUGAGAUAGACUCCAAGGACUCUGAGGACCCCCGUGAAUGCUAUCUGUUUACUGAGGCGGAGGACCCCUGCUCGCCCAUUGUGCUGCAUUUUCCCCUUGUCAACAGGACCUUUCGCAAAUACCUGGCUCCAGGGGUGGAACGACAAACAGCUGAGGAGAAGGCCUUCGGGGACUUUAUCAUCAACGGGCCAGAUACUGCCUAUGGAAUGAUGGACUUCACCUAUGAGCCCAUAGAGUUUGAUCGACUGGUGACCCUGAGUCGAUACAACGUCUUGAACAACAUGGAGACUAUCAGGCGUGCCCUCCAGCUGGCUCUGGACCGGCGGCAGGCUGGGGGAAGGGCUGGGGCCUGACCAGAUGAGAGUCAGAGGAGUGUGGUGAAGAUGAGAGGGAGGACCUUAAGCCAGAGCACACUGAGGGAGAGUGAAGACUUUAAGGAGUUUCUGUUUCCCACUUCUCCUUCCCAGAGGGGAUGGGACAGUUCAUCUCUCUGAGUGCUUGGGGAUUCUGUGCAGGACAGAACAGAGUUCAUAUUUUAUUGGGGUAUAGAGAAAACCAGACAGCAGCUUCAUCAGAGGGCCCACUCCUCACCACAGAAGGACCUCUGGAAACAACCCAGGUACUCAGAGCUUCACCACAGAGAGCUGUGGGCUGAGGAACCAGCUGUCCUCCUACUGAUACAGAACGACAACGGCUCGCCCUUCCACAGAGUGCCCAGCUCUGACCUGAUCCCCUGGACUCAGUGAUGUCAGUAAACAGGAUCUAUGUGUGUUGCCAGCCUGUGUCCCCAAGCCCACACCUUACUGGUUCUUCUCUGCAUCCUAACUUCUCCGCCCCUCCUCAGAGGUCACCAGGCUUCCCUACUAAGCCCAUGAAAUGUGUACCAAGAUGACCCAUCCUGAUGGGUGUGCACAUUGCUUUACCCAAACCACAUUUUCUGCUCCAAUGCACAGCUGCCACACUGCGCAAAUACUGUCUUUCCAUGCUGAGGAGACAAGUGGGUUGUUUGGCUGGGGCAGAGUGAAUGGGAAAUUGCACACAUUAUAUAUGUGGGUAUAUAUUCCCAUCUAUGGUGGGCCAGUUAGUACCUGUUCCUUCACACUGGGAUGGGCAAAUGGGAGUGGGGUGUGGACCUAGCCUGAAUUCCUGCCUCUGAUGAUCUACAUGGGUCCCUCUCUUUCACAUCUCUCCUGAUCCACUUGGGACAUUCCAAUUGAGAGCUUCUCCAGAAUAAGUAGAUUUCAAAACUGUAGAGAGAAGAUCCCUCCUGGUCAGGUUGUCUCCCUCUGAUUUGUCUCCUUGGCCUCAUCUUCCUCAACCAGCUGUGCUCGGUCCAAGCCGCCUGAUGCUGUAUAAUAGCUGAGCUUCUGUACUCAGCGGACCCCUUGCUCACACACACAAGCACCAAGUGAGUGCUCCAAGACCACAUUUACAACUCACAGUUCCUCUUUCAGUCGGGGUGCCCCUUUCUGGGAGUGUCACCUGCCUUAACUUUAAAGAGAAGGCUCUAGUUCUAUGGCCUGUCUAUAAUAGUCAAAGUCCCAUCUGUGUCCUUUAUCUCAUGUGUGCUGGGGCUCAACCCUCCUGACGAUGUGACAGUAAAGUAGGGCUGGAGGACCAGUGCUUUGGACUGACAUGCAGUAAACCAGCUUGGCUCUUCCCCUCUCUUACUGCUGGCUGUCUCUGGACACCACCCAGGCAGCCCUUGGCUUGAGUAAUGGUAGGUUUAUUUGGAAGGUUCUGCUGUGGCCAUUGUCACCACUGCUUGCGUGCUAUAGCUGAUGACAAUGUUUAUUGGACUCUCAUAAUCGUUAGGACUUACCACUCAUAGAAUGUAAGGCUAGAGUCUUUAUUCUGUCCUCAGGGCUUAGGGGCUUCUGUGGCUCUCUAUCCUUUUUCUCAAAAUGGGGUCUGCACACUGGAUUCACUGCCAGGUCUGCUUCAGGCCAUGUUCCUUUUCCCAGCAUCCCAACUUUGUGCCCCCCGGGACUCUCAGUAAGGCUGGGGACAAUUUUGCCUGGGUUUCAUCCGGCACCAAGUGACCUGACUGAUCUGUUUUUUCUGCCUCCCUGAGCCUUUAUUCUACUUUCUUUUCCUUGGUUCCUUAAACACUUAGGGGGUUUCCUGGGAGCAUCUCAAGAUCUCAGGGUUCAUAAAAACUUGUUCUUUCAGGGCUGGAGAGAUGGCUCAGUGGUUAAGAACACUGACUGCUCUUCCAGAGGUCCUGAGUUCAAUUCCCAGCAACCACACAGUGGCUCACGACCAUCUGUAAUGGGAUCCAAUGCCCUCUUCUGGUGUGUCUGAAGAAAGUGACAGUGGACUCAUAUAAACUAAUGUACUCAUAUACAUAAAAUAAGUAAAUCUUUAAAAACAGA